AUGUCUUCUCCCGUCGUUUUCGUUUGCGGUGCCACCGGGAAUCAGGGAGGCGCCCUCAUCCACAACCUGGCUCAGCAUGGUAUCAAAAUCCAUGCAAUCACUCGAAACAUCAAGUCCUCCGCUGCCCAAAUUCUGCAGUCUCAAGGUGUCACUAUCUCAGAAGGCGACUUUGACAAUCAAGAAAGCCUAAAGAAAAGCAUGUCUGGCUGCACCACUCUUUUCCUGAAUCUAUCCCCCAACCACACAAAGUCCACCGCCGAAAUCGAGCAAGCCAAACAAAUCCUUGCCAUCGCCAAAGAGGUCGGAGUUCAGCACAUCAUCUAUACGACAGCCCUCGGCACCAACAACCCUGAAGCUCUCAAGCACUGGGAUCCGAACAGUCUAGUCGGGACGGCUCUCUCAGGAAAGAAAAUCAUCGAAGGGGAGGUUCGAAAUGCAGGUUUUAAGUACUGGACUAUUUUGCGACCGGGGAACUUCAUGACCAAUUACCUCUUCCCAUUAGUCCGGAUGUACGGCGGGCUUGUUGAGACCGGAACAUUUACCACGGCGUAUUCGAAGGAUACGGUGCUCCCUAUGGUCGACCCUAACGAUAUCGGCAAGUUCGCUGCUGCUGCGGUCCUUCAUCCCGUCAAGUUCAAUGGGAAGGAAAUUGAGAUUGCAUCCCAAAUGAUGGGGAUUGAGGCGGUGUUGAACGAUAUCUCUCAAGCAACUGGAAGGGAGUUACAAGUCGUAUAUCUUUCAGAGGAGGAGAUCGAGGAACAAAGUCGGCAAAAUCCUCUCAUUUAUGUUCAGCUCGUUAUGCGCGAUCUUUCGCAGUUUGUGGAUAUGGCAAAGUUGAAGGAGUGGAAGAUUGAGUUGGGUACCUUCCCUCAAUUCUUGGAGCGAGAGAAGGAACGUGUUGAGAAGACCUACUUGUGA